AUGGAUACGGAGAACAUAAUAGAUAGGCUUCUCGAGUUAUUUCCGGCAGCAGAAAAAUCCGAACUUCUUGAGGUUCUUGUGGCCUGUGAUGGUUCGGUAGACCAAACUACAAAAUUAUUAGAGGAACAAUUUGGAAAGGUGCAACAAGCAUCAUUUGAGGACAACAGCCAGAAAAGUUUAUCAGUUUCUUGCAAUCAUAUAGAAAAGUACACUGUGAAGGCUUUGGAUGCAUCAAAAAGGGGCAUCAAAAGAGAGUUUUCGCAAAUUUCUGAUGGUGAGGUUAAUUUGCCUCAUCAGACUACACUAAAGCAGUAUGGCAGGAACAUUGGCCAAAUGAAGCUGUGCAAACGGCCGGGAAAGGCAGUGACAUUGUACACAAAAGAGGAAAUAGAGAAAAACUUGCCGGAUUUGGUGUUUAUCCGGGAUUUCUUGACAAAAGGACUGGCGUCUAAAUUGCUUUCGGCGCUUGUUUCUAAGCGUGCAGCUUUUACGGACAACAAGUUUUAUAUUGCCGGUCAGAAAUGCCAGUCAAAGCAUUAUACGGCGAUAUUUCGGGAUUUGGAUGCUUCAGAUACCCAAAAGUUUAUCUACAGAGAUUCUGGAAAGAAGAAUGUGCAGAAGUUCUUCACAGAAAUGAAGCUAUGUGCGUAUGCAGUUGAAGAUAAAGUGAAUGAGGUGCUAUCAAAGCGGAAACCAAAAAGCAGCUACCAAAUUCAGAAAGGAUGGAAAGCGAAUCUUUGUGUCUCGAACCUUUUUCAACAGGAAAAGCAGGACUUGGACUGGCACUCGGAUAAAUUGACAGAUAUAGGGCCGCUUCCUAUAAUUGCAUCAAUUAGUCUUGGAGCAACGCGAAUAUUUCGUGUGAGGAAAAUCACCACAGCAAGAAAUGGGGGUGAUUCAACCAUAUUUAACAUUCCACUUCCACAUAACACAUUACUUGUGAUGUUGCCCGGGAUCCAGGAGGAAUUCAAGCAUUGUGUACCAUCUGUGCACGGAUGCUUGCUUGAUUUGCAUCCAGUAGUGGGAAAAGUACGUUACAGUUUGACAUUUAGGAUGAUACGCAAUGAGCUUCUUUCUGGUCGUCCCAAAUGCCCCAAAUGCGGUUCAAGCAUGGUAUUAAAACGGAUGUUUAAGAGAUCUGAGACCAGAGGAUACUAUUUCUGGCUUUGCGGCUCACAAUACUCUGGAUACAAGUGCAAAGGGUUUUAUUACGGGAAGUUCGAUAAAAUUAAUGUCCCGGGGGAGGGUUUGUACACAAAUAGACAAUCUGAAGCCACAAGAUGGAUCGGCAAUAGCGAAUAA